GUUGUAUAUUAGGACUAUAUUAUUUGCAGUACUAUCCUCACCCAUCGACACUGGCAUUGCCAUUGUUAUCAAUAUUAACGUUAAGGUGUCAUUAAGAUCAUCAUUAUUACCAUCAACAUUAUUGUCAUCUCCGCCAUAAAGCAUUUAUUUUAUUUAUUUUCCUCAGCAAAGUUUGCUUAUUUUAUCUAAGUUUCACUCCACAGCCAGGUUGCUAAGAGAGAAGGAGUAGAUCUUAUGCAAGAGUGAGUAGGAGAUUAGAGAAGUGUGUGUGAGAUUCCUUUUCCUAGAAUUGAAUUGAGAUAAUUUGCAUUUCUAUUGUGUGUUGUGUCCAGGGUGGUAGACUUGUAUAGGUCCCUUUUAGUGAGCUCAGUGAGCCUUUCUUUUUAAACAGCUGCUUAAAAUACUUUGGGGAAAUUGCAAAAUUGGGAGGAGACCCCAGUAGCUUUCCAUUAGUUUUCUAGCAUUGUAUCUUGGAGACUUUGUGUAACACACACCUAUGCAAUUUUGGGGCAGUCGCCAUUUUAUCUGCCAUCUUGAUAAUUUUUGAAUUUCAACUUUAAUCAGAAAAGCAGCCUUUCUUGUUUGAUAUUGGCUGGAACUUUUGGAUACCUGUAUGAGGUCAGAUUCAGCUGAAAUUAUGCUGUUAUUUUUAUGCCUGUAUUGAAGAAGCCAUCGCUUUCGGAGAGAAAAAAAAUCAACCUCGAGACAAACGGACGAUACGUGACCACAUCCUCUAUCGGUAGAUUUAAUCGAACAACUCUGCCAUCAUGAUCGCAGACAUGGCCCAUGGCGUCUUCGACUUCGGUUCCAGUAGUAUUCUGCUCGGAAUAACAACAUCACUUCUUGUGGUUUGGCUGAUGAAAUGGGUUUUGAAACGAAGGAAGAUAAAUCGGCCCCCGGGACCGAUGCCUGUGCCAUGGCCCCUUCAUAUCAUCGGUGAUCUGGUUAUGUUGGCUCAAGGUACCACUCCCGUAGCAAUGUUCUGUGAACUUAAUAAGAGAUACGGUGAUGUCGUGUGUCUGGACAAUGGCGGGACUCGUUACAUAAUUCUUGCUAGUCCCGAGGUCGUUAAUGAGGCACUUGUCAAUCAAGCCGCGGUAACAUCUGGUAGAAAAGAAGCAUGGGAAUUUAAAGCUGUCUAUCAGUAUCAUGGUGGGAUCAUAUUCUCGGAAGGGGAAGAAUGGAUACAGCACCGACGUUUUGGUCUCGCAGCGCUUCGUAACUUCGGAAUGGGCAAAAAAAACCUUGAAAACUCUAUCAACGAAGAGGCUCGAAUGUUCAAUGAAAUUUUGUCGGAGAAGAUUGGUAAACCAUUCGAUCCUUCCUUCGCCGUCAACAAUGCUGUCUCAAACAUAAUCUGCGCCAUUACGUUCGGCCAGCGAUUCGAAUAUUCGGAUCCAAAAUUCAAGGACAUGAUAAAACGGAUAAAAUUCUAUAUGGCUGAAGAUCCACCGCAAGCCCUGUCUAAUCUCCCCACCUUCAUCGACAACGCUCGUAGAAGAAAUAUUAGGGCAAUCCGAAAGUACUUAGAGGACGAAGUCAUGGAGCACAAGACAACUUAUGAUUCGAAUCAUGUCAGAGAUGUCAUCGAUUUAUACUUCAAGGAAAUAAACCGUGCGCGGGAAGCAGGCGAAAAAUGUGAACUGGAUUUGUCAAAGGCAUGGUCGUUAGUUUUCGAUUUCUUCCUGGCGGGAACGGAAACGACAUCGACAACGCUACUUUGGGCUUUCCUCUUUAUGGCAGGCCGCCCGGAAAUUCAAAAGAAGAUCGUAGCCGAGAUAAAUUCUGUAGUAGGAUCAAGUGCCACGCCUCGAUACGAAGAUCGCAAAUUGAUGCCAUACACAGAGGCAACGCUCAUGGAGGUUCUUCGAUAUCGUCCGAUUGCCCCUGACGGUGCACCGCAUCGGGCAACGUCUGAUAUGAAGGUCAAGGGUUACGACAUCCUUGCUGGUGACAACCUCAUUAUGAACAUUCUGUACAUACACCAUAUUCCUGAGAUAUGGGGUGACCCGGAAGUGUUCCGACCUGAGCGUUUCUUGUCUGAGGAUUGGAAGGCUGUUGUCAAACAUGAUGCCUACAUGCCAUUUGGAGCUGGGCGUCGAGUUUGCCUUGGUGAGCAAUUAGCCAAAAUGGAAAUGUUCCUGUUCUUCACCAAUGUUCUUCAGCGGUUCAGAAUCACUUUGCCUCCUGGUGUGCAACCAAACUAUGACCAUGGUCAUUGUAUGAAAAUUCUGGUUCCACAGGCAUACGAACUCAUCUUGGAGGAGCGAUAGAUUUUUACACGUCGUUUAUUCGAAGCUUCGUUUUGUGUGUCUAUUCAUUCAUUUUUAGUUGAAAUACGAUGCUCCGUUUUAUAUAUUAACACCUAUACAUAUUCGGGGUUUUUUUUUUAAUAUAACGUGUAGCGAAGGUUUCUCUGUGAUGAGGUUUGGUGUUCCGAUGGUUCAUUGUUGAAUUCGAUGUUAAAAUAGAUAAUUCG